AUGUCAGGUAGGACGUGCUGUUCUAUAUAUGUGAGCGUAUGGCAACUGAAUGUGGACGCGGACGUGUGGCAUCUGAACGUGGAUGAGCGUGUAGCAUCUGGAUGUGGACGGCUUGAGAAUUCGAGAAAGAAAGUCAAACGUAUGGAUGUUGAUUUGGCGAGUGGGAAAAAGGAAGAAAGUACUGAGGAAAAAGGAACAGCGGAAAAGAAUGCUACUCUUCCGUCUAACUUAAAGCAAGUGCAAACACGUUCCACCAAUCCAUCUCUGUUUGCGAACGUGAAAAUUGUUAACGAAGCUUCUUCGGAAAAGAAAAAUGAAAGACUCGCUCAUCAAAAAACAUCAAACGGACCAAACAGAAGUGUGCUGAAAGCGCUAACUUCACCCGGUGGUCGAUCUCCCGAAGUUCCUAAUAUGCCAAUCUGUAAAACAGCAACAAAAUCUAAGUCAGAGAGUCACGUAUCCAGAGCUGAUAUGGUGACAGUUACAAUUAAAUCGACCGUAUCAUCAUUCAAACCACUGAAGUUAGUAAUGAAGAAAACAACAAGUGUACGUGUGCUGAAGAACUAUUUGCAGUCACGACUUGGUGGCGCUCAUCAAAUAAUUCUCACUCAUAACGAUAAGGAAUUAAAGAAUGAAGGCGGUUCUUUGACAUCAAUUGGUAUUACCUCGGGCAGUGUAUUGUGGUUGUUAGUAAAACCAAUUGCUGGUAAUAAUGAUCGUGAAGAGUUUGCAUCGUUAAUUCGAAUGUCUCAGUCACUAGCUAAUCUACGAAAUUUAAUUCGUUCUUUACCAUCUAUCGGCAGCUGUGAACCAAACUUUUCUGGGUCUGCUGAAUAUGUUGAAAUCACACCCUGCGAAUAUAAGGAAGCGGAGCAUGAGCAAAUGCGAGAAAAAAUGAAAUUAUUGAUACAACGAAGAGAAAAAGUUCGACGGAAUAGCGCAAAAAAUUUGUCGGAAAAUGUGGGGCAAAAAAUCCAAGAAAUGUCCGGAAAAGAAGUAACCACCGAUGUGCUCGCACAGUCACCAUCAUCAUUCCAUAGUUCUUGCGUUACAUGGAGAUCCUCUAAGUCGCCAUCUGUUUCAACACCAAGAGGUACUGCUGACGUUAUAAAACAGAAGGAAUUAGCAACAUAUUUCGACCCACCGGAAACAAUCAAACAAAGGAAAUUUGAAAUGGAGGAAUUGUUUGACGUUCCAUCAAACGACAGCGAAUUACUUAGAAUAAAGGAUGAAAUAAAAAAUAAACGUUGUGGUCUAUGUCGAAUAAAAUUACAAAUAGCUGAUAGAGAAAUACAAUGCAUAUGUGGGCAUGUAUUUUGCAGUAAGCAUCGUAAUCCACAGAUACAUAGGUGCAGUAUCGAUUUAAAAUCAGUCGACCGAGUACAUGUUAGAACGGCACCACCAAAAUCAGUGCGAGACGUCCCAAAAUCAAAAAUGUAG